UCCUCUCUUCAAAUCCCUCUCCUUCCUUCAUCUUCCUUCCUUCCUUCUCAAGCUCGCUUCUAUACCCUAACGCACGCUACUAUGGAAGUUCAAGCUGAGGCUGAUAACGUCGUCACAGCCGCCAAGGUCUCGUCGGCGGAUGAUGGCGCCGUCUCCGUUGCGGACGACGUUUUUGCUUGGUUGUUGAUGGGCGACGAUGGGUCCGGUGGUGAGCUGCUGAAUCUGUUGGAGGACGUGAAAGAUACGGUGGUGGAACCGGCGAGUACAGUGGGCGGAGUGAGGUUCAUCGACGACCCUUAUUCUUCGCUUUUGGUUUUUCAAUCCUCCUCGUCGUACAUCACCAUAAACGGCAAUGAGGAGAGUUGCGGAUCGUCGUUCUCCGAUUCGGGCACGUCUGUGAUGGCCAGCGUCGACACCAACGGGUUGAGGGGGAAGCUUGUGGGUUCGGUGGAAGAGCUGGGCAGGGAGAGAAGCGCGUCGGCUUCCCGCAAUGACACAACGCGUGAGGAGGGUUCGGUUAUCGAGUGGGAUGAUGAAGUUCUGGCGAGGUUCCUCGGGGAAGAAGAAGGAGGAGAAGAGGUUGGUUUCUCAGAAAAACGCUGAAAGUGAAAACACGACCUCAGGUUUUGUCGUCGUCUUCAUCUUCUUCGUCUUCUCAUUUUCAUUUUGUUGCAUUUUUUGAUCCUCUCGAAAAGGAAAAUGGCAAUGAGGAAAUAGGAAAUGAGUUGGUGGGUGUGCAUUUUGUGAAGAAGAGAGUGAACUGAGGGGUCUUGUUUUGACACUGUGAAUAGAAUAUACAGAAAAAACAACGGACGGAAGGAAAUCUGCUUGCCUUGUUUUGGAAAUUGCGUCUAGUUUCUGGGCUCGUCUUUUACCCUUUUCGGCUUUUCCCGUUUUCCCUCCCUCUUCAUUCAAUUUUCAACUUUCUAGCUAAAAAAUAUCAGGAACAAAUAUGAGCUUGACAAAUCAGAAAUAGCUUGGAGGAUCCAGACAUGCAGUGAGUAUAUUUUCUAUAUUAUUUUCACUUUUUUUUCCAGUCUAUGCGUGCGAAAUAUUGAAUAUUAUUAUUGAUUCAGA